AAGGAAAAAAAGAAAAAAGAAAUACACACACAAGAAACUCAAACACAAAAUCAAAAACAAAAUCAAAUCUCAAAAAUUCAGACACAGUUUCAAACGAAGCAUUUUCCAAAGUGCUGUUUCUGAAUUGUCUCUCAGAAGUAACAUUGGAAAGGAAUGAGCUUGCAACAACGUAGAGAAAGGAGGGAAGGGUCGAGGUUCCCGUCACAACGUGCUCCUCGUCAGGAAUGGGUUCCGAAAGGAGCUGGAGCAUCCAAUACGGCCUCCACCACAGCCACCACCACCACUGUUGUCCAGGCAUCAGGUUCAAACUCUCAUCAGAAGAAUGCUAAGGAUAAUGCCGAUGCGGGUUGCUCUUCCAAUCAAGGGGUUGUUGUUGCUCCACCUUUUGCUCGGCAUAGAAGUAAUCAUGUUGCUCAUAGGGUGGAAAAGGAAAGGGAUAAUGGGAGGAACGGAAAUAUGGUAGGAAGGGGAUCGAGGGACUCUAGUUUGCCUCAAUUGGUGCAGGAGAUUCAGGAGAAACUCAUGAAAGGUGCUGUGGAGUGCAUGAUUUGCUAUGAUAUGGUUCGGAGGUCAGCGCCCGUUUGGUCUUGCUCCAGCUGUUACUCUAUCUUUCACCUGAAUUGUAUCAAGAAGUGGGCUCGUGCGCCCACCUCGGUUGAUUUAUCAGCAGAGAAGAAUCUAGGGUUUAAUUGGCGGUGUCCUGGUUGUCAGUUCGUGCAACAUACGUCUUCAAAGGAUAUUAAGUAUGUUUGCUUUUGUGGGAAGAGGGUAGACCCUCCAUCUGAUUUGUAUCUGACACCGCAUUCGUGUGGUGAACCGUGCGGGAAGCCUCUUGAGAGGGAGGUGUUGGUUACCGGAGGGAGAAAGGACGAUCUUUGCCCUCAUGCUUGUGUCUUGCAAUGCCAUCCGGGUCCAUGUCCUCCUUGUAAAGCAUUUGCUCCUCCUCGUUUGUGCCCUUGUGGGAAGAAAAAGAUUGCCACCCGAUGCUCCGAUCGACAGUCUGAUCUUACCUGUGGUCAGCAGUGUGAUAGGCUUCUUGAAUGUGGACGUCAUCGCUGUGAACAAGCUUGCCAUGUGGGUCCUUGCGAUCCUUGUCAGGUGCUAAUCAAUGCCUCUUGCUUUUGCUGUAAAAUGACACAAGUUAUAUUUUGUGGGGAGAUGGCUGUGAAAGGCGAAUUAAAAGAAGAAAGUGGGCUUUUUUCUUGCGGUUCCAAGUGUGGGAAGGAACUCGGUUGUGGUAAUCAUAUCUGCAGUGAGGUUUGUCAUCCAGGCAGCUGCGGCGAAUGUGAAUUUUUACCAAGUCGGGUUAAGACAUGCUGUUGUGGAAAAACAAGGUUGGAGGAGGAACGACAUAGCUGUAUGGAUCCAAUACCUACUUGUUCACAAGUAUGUGGCAAGCUCCUUCAUUGCGGAAUACAUGCGUGUAAAGACCCAUGCCAUGUUGGGGAAUGUCCACCAUGUAAGGUCCUAAUUUCACAGAAAUGCCGUUGCAGCUCGACCUCCCGAACUGUGGAAUGCUACAAAACAUUAACGGAGAAUCAGAAAUUUACUUGUGAAAAGCCUUGUGGGCAAAAAAAGAAUUGCGGAAGGCAUCGAUGUAGUGAAAAGUGUUGCCCAUUGUCUGGUCCAAAUAAUGACGUGACUAUUGCGGAUUGGGAUCCUCACUUUUGUUCCAUGCUAUGUGGAAAGAAGCUAAGAUGCGGCCAGCAUGUGUGUGAAACGUUGUGUCACAGUGGUCAUUGUCCACCUUGUCUUGAAACAAUUUUCACUGAUUUGACAUGUGCUUGUGGUAGAACUUCGAUUCCUCCUCCGCUACCUUGCGGUACAAUGCCUCCCUCAUGUCAGCUUCCAUGUUCGGUUCCUCAGCCGUGUGGCCAUUCAGGCUCUCAUAGUUGUCAUUUUGGAGAUUGCCCUCCUUGUUCGGUGCCCGUGUCGAAAGAAUGUAUUGGCGGGCACGUCGUUCUUAGGAACAUACCUUGUGGCUCGAAGUAUAUUCGAUGCAAUAAUCCUUGUGGAAGGACCAGACAAUGUGGUUUACAUGCAUGCGGUAGAACAUGUCACGCCCCACCGUGUGAUAUUCUACCUGGUUUUGUGAAGGAUUUCCGAGCGACUUGUGGGCAGACAUGCGGUGCUCCAAGGCGAAGCUGCCGGCAUAUGUGUAUGGCUCAAUGUCAUCCUUCGUGUUCUUGCCCAGAUGUAAGAUGUGAAUUCCCUGUUACAAUUACAUGUUCUUGUGGUCGCAUAUCCGCAAAUGUUCCUUGUGAUGCUGGUGGUAGCAAUAGUAAUUAUAAUGCUGAUGCUAUAUAUGAAGCUUCCAUUAUUCAAAAGUUGCCGGUGCCACUUCAACCGGUUGAUGCAAAUGGCCAAAAAGUUCCACUUGGACAAAGAAAGCUGAUGUGUGACGAUGAAUGUGCUAAGUUGGAGCGUAAAAGGGUUCUUGCCGAUGCUUUCGACAUCACUCCAAGUCUCGAUGCUCUUCAUUUUGGCGAGAAUUCUUCUUUUGAAUUGCUUUCUGAUACGUUUAGACGUGACCCGAAGUGGGUUUUGGCCGUCGAGGAGAGAUGCAAAAUAUUAGUCCUUGGGAAGAACAAAGGAGCUACACAUAGUUUAAAAGUCCAUGUCUUUUGUCCUAUGAUAAAGGAUAAAAGAGAUGCAGUGAGAUUGAUUGCUGAAAGAUGGAAGCUUUCGGUGGUUUCUGCUGGUUGGGAGCCAAAGAGAUUCAUUGUAAUCUCUGCCACCCAAAAAUCUAAGGCACCAGCUCGUGUGCUCGGUGUUAAGGGUACCACAACUAUAAACGCACCCCUUCCUACUGCAUUCGAUCCGUUGGUCGAUAUGGACCCUCGACUCGUCGUCUCAUUUCCAGACUUGCCAAGGGAUGCUGAUAUUAGCGCCUUGGUGUUGAGAUUCGGUGGCGAAUGCGAGCUUGUUUGGUUGAACGACAAGAAUGCUUUGGCUGUUUUUCACGAUCCAGCACGAGCUGCAACUGCGAUGAGGAGAUUGGAUCAUGGAACAGUUUAUCAGGGUGCUGUUUCAUUUGUCCAGAAUGUUGGCACAUCAGCGACAUCUUCGGUUACCAAUGCCUGGGGAGGAGGAGUCGGAGCAACAAAAGAGAGCGGAGGACUGUCAACACUGAAAAACAAUCCAUGGAAAAAGGCGGUGGUUCUCGACCCGGGUUGGAAAGAAGAUUGUUGGGGCGAUGAACAAUGGGCUACUCCCGGUGGUUCUGCGAAUAUCCAACCAUCUGUUUUGAAGAAAGAAACGCCGAUACCCGCUUCAUUGAAUCCUUGGAAUAUUUUAAACCAAGAAUCGAGUUCCACUUCAUCUACAACUGUCAUCAAAAGUGAAGCUUCCUGGAAAGAUGUUAAAAGCAAUGCGGUCUCGACUAGCGCGGAGCCUUGUGCAGGUGGCUCAAAUGGAGGAAACAUGGAUGCAACAGAAGAAGCUUCUGAAGUAGCUGAAGAUUGGGAGAAGGCUUUUGAAUGAAGAAAAGUAAUGAACAAAAAUACAAAAAAACUUUUAAUUGUUAGAAAUUUUAUUUUUUACUGUUGAAAAGUAGACAUGAGGUUUAAGGGAUUUUCUUGCCAUGUUUUGUCACUUUUGGCAAGUUGAGGUUAUUUUCCUCCAUUUUAGGUAUAAAGGGUUUAAAUUUCAAACUCGUUGGAUCCUUUUUACCCAUAUUGAACAAUGGGGUAUCAGACUAUAGGGAAAAAAAUGCAUGCAUUUUGUUAAAACUCUAUUAUAUUUGUCAAAGUGCAUUUACUUAAUGGAAAUCUAGUUUUGGUUUUCACAUGAA